AUGGAGGAGACGGAGGAAAUCAGAAAGACACUUGAUUUUCUCUCGCAGGACAUAUCAGCAAUAAAGACGAAGCAGGAUAAGAUUCUCAAGCUUGUGGAGGAAGUAACGGAGCUACGUACUCGCAUCGAAGAGAAGGACAGGAAGAUCGCGGUCCUGGAGAAAAGAGUGGAAGACCUGGAACAGUAUUCAAGACUUAACGGUGUGAUCGUGACGGGAUUAAAGAUCAAACCCCGUUCAUAUGCACAUGCAGUGUCUGCUGGCGGCGGGGAGCAGCCCAGUGAGCUGGAGGCGAGCUCCGCAGAGCAGCAGGUGGUGGCUUUUCUCACGACCAGGGACAGACAUCUGGAUGUGGACUCAAUCGAGGCUUGCCACCCGCUCCCCAUGAAGAAGAACACCACACCAGCUGGGGUACUGAGGUUCGUCAACAGGAAAAAUAAGACCGCACUGAUGAGACAAGGAAAAAAGCUGAAAGGUUCUUACUUCACCAACAACAACGAGCUGAGGAUCGUGAUGGUGGGGAAGACUGGAAUCGGGAAGAGCGCCAAAGGAAACACUAUUCUUGGCCGCAAUUGCUUUAAAUCCAAGUGCAGUGCUGAAUCCAUGACAGCGGACUGCUCCAAAGGCAAAGCUACAGUGUUAUAUCAAGAGGUGGCCGUCAUUGACACUCCAGGCCUGUUUGACACCAGGUUUGGCGUGGAGAAGACCACCAUGGACAUUACCCAGUGCAUCUCUUAUGCUUCUCCUGGACCACACAUCUUCCUGGUGGUCAUCAGGCUGGGCAGAUUCACCGAGGAGGAGCAGCAGACGGUGCAAAGGAUCCAAGAAAUCUUUGGCCAGGAAGCAGACAAAUACAGCAUGGUUCUCUUUACAGGAGGGGACCUUCUGGAAGGUUCCACUAUUAAGGAGUUCCUGGCUGAAAGCAAAGGUCUGCAGGAACUGGUGGCCAGAUGUAACAGCCAGUACCACGUCUUCAACAACAAGAACAAAGAUCCCUCUCAGGUCCAGGAGCUGCUGCAGAAGAUCAGAAACGUGGUGCAGAAGAACGGAGGAAGCCACUACACCAACCAGAUGUUCCAGGAGGCUGAGAGGGCCAUCGAGGAGAAGAAGAGACGCAUCCUGGAGGAGAAAGAGGAGAAAAUACACAAAGAAAAAGAAGAGAUGGAGAGGAAGCUGCAGGAGAAGUAUGAAAAAGAGAUGCAGAGAAUCAACCAAGAACUGCAGGCUGAGAGAGAGCAGGAGAGGAAGGAGAGAGAGGAGGAGAGGAGGAGGGAGAGUGAGGAGAAUGAGAAGAAGAUCAACAGAAUGAAGGAUCAGUAUGACAGAGAGCUGAAGGAGAAACUGGACAACAUCCAGAAAAAGCAUGAAGACGAAGCCAGAGAGGAGUCAGAAAGCUCCUGUUGUCAAAUCAUGUGA